AGACAUAUUUCCUCCAUGAUUGCCAUAAUUAUGAAUGCUGAUGUGAUUCCUGUGACUGCAGUCUCUCCUCGUCCCUUUGUUGAAGAGUCACGGAAUCACGAGUACUCCACAUCACGCAGUGGCGAGCCUUAUAAAAGCUUUGCAGCCCAUGUUCACAACAACACUUCCAUCACCAUGAGGGCGACAGUGGCAGCUCUUCUCCUCUGUCUUGUGGUAUCAGCAUGCCGCAGCCAAGAGACUCCACCUGGCCCUCCUGGACCAACUGAAGGGCCACAACCAACUGGUCCACCAGGCCCACCAACUGGAGGUCCUGAUCCAACUGGUCAACCUACUGGAGGUCCUGAACCAACUGGCCCACCAGGCCCACCAACUGGAGGUCCUGAUCCAACAGGUCAACCUACUGGAGGUCCUGAACCAACUGGGCCACCUGGCCCACCAACUGGAGGUCCUGAACCAACAGGUCCACCUACUGGGGGUCCUCAACCAACUGGACCACCAGGCACCCCUACUGGAGGUCCUGAACCAACUGGAGGACCCCAGCCAACUGGUGAACCGCAGCCUACAGGACCACCAGGGCCACCCUCUGGAGGACUUUGGCUUUUUUGACUUGGUGGACUCUGAUGGUUGACAUUAUUGCAGCUGUUAAACAUCAAGAGAGUUCAAACUUGAUAUCUAGAAUUAACUGGAUAUGACUUUACUGAUGGAACUGUUCUGUGAAUAGCUUUGUAAAAUUUUUGUCAUUAAAUGAGCAUCUCAAAAUCUCCAUAAAUGUUUCCAUCUUCUGUAAACUGUAACGAAUAACCUAUUGGAUCGAAAACUGUAACUCCUUUGCAGGAUAAUGAGUUUGAGAUCAAAGUAAAGUUAACACAGGAGAAGUCUUAUAAUUCA